AAAUACGGAUGUUGGACAUUCUGGAAAUCAUUCUCAGCUCAGAAGAGCUAUUUUAAACACAAGAAUCAACCACUAAGACACGAGUCAUGGCUUUCAAAUUUGUCCUUCUUACUACCGUGUUGGCUACUGUCAGCGCAGGACUGAUCCCAGAGCACGGAUAUGCUUCAUCCCACCAAAGCAUCCAGCAUCAUGCUCCAAUCUAUCAACAUGCUGCCCCGAUCCACGCAGUUCAUGCUGCACCAGUGCACCACGUGGCUGCCAUCCACGCCGCUCCAGUCCAUCAUGCCAUUGUGAAGGAAGUUGAGCAUCAUGCUCCAGCCAAUUACGAAUUCUCCUACUCUGUUCAUGAUGGACAUACUGGAGACAUCAAGAGCCAACAUGAAACCCGCCACGGAGAUGAAGUGCACGGACAAUACAGUUUGCUGGAUUCCGAUGGCCAUCAUCGGAUUGUGGACUAUCAUGCCGAUCAUCAUUCCGGAUUCAACGCCGUAGUCCGUCGGGAACCAGCUAACGUAAAAAUUGCCCAACCAGAGCACAAAGUCAUCGCUCAGCCAGUGCACAAAAUUUUCGCCCAGCCAGUUCAUGCUAUCCAUGCUCCGUUGGCCCACUCAACAUACACCCAUCAUGCUGCACCAAUCGCGCAUGUUGCACACCAUGCUGCUCCAAUCGUGCACAGUACCCACCAUGUUGCCCCAGUGUCGCAUGCUACCAUCUCGCAUGUUGCCCCACUCGCCUACCACCACUCAGCUCCCAGCCAUUACGGCCACCAUUACUAAAUUGUAAACGAUAGCACAAAUGUCAUCAACGAAGGAUCUGUUUAUGUAAAAUAGUUUAUUAAAAAAUAACCAUUAUUGCAAAGUACAAACAAUAAAAAAUGUUAAACUGAUGAAA